GUCUGACCUGCAGCCCCCUCAAACAUGAUUUCAUCUCAUCUACGAGUUUUGCUUACUGAAACUAGGCCAGCCUCUCCUUUUGAAUUCGAUUGUUUUCUGUCAUACAAGUGAAGCAGUCUUGGCAAAGUAAUGGAAUUAAUUUCUCUCCGGAGUCGCUCUUUGAGGGAAGGCUGAUCAAGUGGAUGAAAAGCGGGACGCCUUCAGAGACCGCAGUUCAUUUAUAAUGGAUAAAACAUUUUCUACAACAGGGAACACAAAUAACUGGAUGGCUCUUUAAGAACGCAACUGGUGACUUGGCGAGAUUGGCAGAAGCUAUUAAGAAGCAGUCUGUAAAAGCAUAUCCAGGCUCAGCCACAUCCAAGAAUGAAGAUCAAAUACACUCUACCCAUUGUCUUUUUUAUGGCACUUGUUAUCAUUGAGAAAGAAAACAACAUUAUCUCAAGGGUGUCAGAUAAGCUAAAGCAGACCCCCCAAACCUCUCAACAACCCAGCAGUUUGUCCAACGUACUGCUGAAGCACAGUAGUUUCCGUCUGUCAAUCAGCAAGAGGAACGUCACGCUGAUGAAGCCGCGGGUGGAGGACUACAGCGAGCACCGAGGGGCAUUGAGAAGGGGUAGAAAACACAUUCUCCUGCUAGCCACAACUAGGACGGGCUCUUCAUUUGUGGGCGAGUUUUUCAACCAGCAGGGAGACAACAUGUUUUACCUGUUUGAGCCUCUGUGGCAUGUGGAAAAGAUGUUGACUUUGGACACUGGAGGCACCAAUGCUACAGCGGCAGCCAAAGCAUACCGUGAUGUGCUCCAAAAACUCUUCCUGUGUGACUUUUCUUUGCUAGAAACCUUCAUCGACCCCCUUCCCAUGGACCACAUCACCCCAGCCCUCUUUCGCAGGGAGUCCAGCAGCUCUCUGUGUGAGAAGUCUGUCUGCAGCCCUGUUGUCAAAGGGGUUUUUGAACGAUAUCACUGUAAGACCAGCCGCUGUGGUCCCCUGAACCUGACAAUGGCGUCUGAAUCCUGCCUUAAGAAAGAGCACAUUGCCAUCAAGUCGGUACGAGUGCGCCAGCUCGAGACUCUGCGUCCUUUGGCUGAGGACCCACGUCUUGAUGUAAAAUUCAUCCAGCUGGUUCGCGAUCCCCGGGCUAUCUUGGCAUCACGUAUGGUGGCCUUUGCAGCCAAAUACAAGAACUGGAAGGAGUGGGCCAUGGGUGGAAAUGUUCCUAUUGACGAUGACGAGGUGAGGAAGUUAAAAGGAAAUUGCGACAAUAUCAAAAUGUCUGCCGAGUUCGGCCUCAGACAGCCGUUUUGGCUGCGCAGGCGAUACAUGCUGGUGCGGUAUGAGGACAUUGCUCGGUUCCCCAUGAAGAAAGCAACCGAGAUGUACAAGUUUACUGGAAUCCCAUUCACUCCACAAGUGAAAUCCUGGAUUCUGAAGAACACCCAGGCCUCGAAGGAGACAAGCGGAGUUUACUCUACACAGAAAAACUCAUCUGAACAAGUGGAGAAAUGGAGGUUCAAGCUACCAUUCAAGAUAGCCCAAGUGGUACAGAGAGUUUGUGGACCAACAAUGAAGCUUUUUGGGUACAAAUUUGUGAGCAGUGAGGAAAUGCUAACAGAUAAAUCUAUCAGUCUCAUCGAGGACAAAGUGUUCAGCUUUUUAUAGACUUUAAAAAAUGUUAAC